UGUGAGGGGAUUGGGGAUCCCUGCAGGAUAUGAGGGGAUUGGGAAUCCCUGCAGGGUGCGAGGGGCAUUUGGGAUCCCUGAAGGAUGUGAGGGGAUUUGGGAUCCCUGCAGGCUGUGAGGGGGAUUUGGGAUCCCUGAAGGAUGUGAGGGGAUUUGGGAUCCCUGCAGGCUGUGAGGGGAUUGGGGAGGAUGUGAGUGGACUGGGGAGGAUGUGAGGGGAUUGGGGAUCCCUGCAGGGCGUAAGGAGGGGUAUCGGGGUCUGUAGGGUGCUGGAAAAGAGGAAGAGUGCUCCACAGGCUGCUCAGACAGCGGGGCUCCCUACACGCCAUGAGAGGGUGACAGUGGAGGGGUUUGGGGGUGGUUUUCACAGCACCAGCCUCUCCGCUGUGUCCCCACGAGUGUCAGAAAUCCGCUCCAGGAACCUGAAUUCAGGGAAAAAUUACUCAAAACCUCCAGACGUAAAAACUGACCCCAAAACCGCCAGGGGAUUUAGGGAUUUACAUCCUUACUGGGAGCAAUCCCUCCUCCAUGAGACAGUUGGAGAGCAGCACCAUGUACCUGUUUUUCUUUAGGCUUCCUCACUCUUCGUUAUGAGAUUGGUUUUGGCAGGAAAUACUGCUUUACCAUAAGCAGGAUGGCAAAACACCGAGAAAUAAAUGAAGUGGCAUGAGAUGCUGGUGGGGGCUCCAGAAUACAUAAAAAUAAAGGGGAAAAUAGCAGGAGGGAUCCGUGCUGGAAAACGUGAUGGCGUUUAUUCCCACCAUCACGGCCAGUCCUCUCCUCUGGGUGCCCAGAGCCCGGCCAUGGAGCCCUGUGUGGUGCUGGACCCGCGACAGAGAGCUCUGUAUCGCGACGUGAUGCAGCAUGGCUACGAGAUCCUGGUGGCCCUGGAAUUUUCUGUUCCCAAGCCUGACCUGCUGUCUUACCUGGACUGUGAGGAGGAAGUGACAGCCCUGGAUCUUCAUGUAUCCCGGGAUACCCCGGCCGCAGAGCAUGGAGCAGGAGCAGGGCAGGAAGAACCUGCUGAGGAAAAGCCCAACACGGACAAGGAGCACGCUCAGCUCCCAGUGAGCCAGGGCGAGACCCGCGCUGCCAACACCUGCAGCGAGCGCGGGAAGACCUUCAGCCACAAACCAGCCCCGGUGAAGCACCGGGAAAUCCACAGCGGCGACCGGGACUGCGGGAAGGGCUUCACGCAGCGCUCUGGCCUCCGCGUCCACGGGCGCGCGCACACGGGCGAGCGGCCCCACGGCUCCCCUACCUGGAGCUCCCACCUGGAGCGCCACAUGCGCACCCACACCGGCGAGAAGCCCUUCGAGUGCAGCGAGUGCGGGCGCGCCUUCGCCUGGAGCUCCCACCUGGAGCGCCACAUGCGCACCCACACCGGCGAGAAGCCCUUCGAGUGCAGCGAGUGCGGGCGCGCCUUCGCCUGGAGCUCCCACCUGGAGCGCCACAUGCGCACCCACACCGGCGAGAAGCCCUUCGAGUGCAGCGAGUGCGGGCGCGCCUUCGCCUGGAGCUCCCACCUGGAGCGCCACAUGCGCACCCACACCGGCGAGAAGCCCUUCGAGUGCAGCGAGUGCGGGCGCGCCUUCGCCUGGAGCUCCCACCUGGAGCGCCACAUGCGCACCCACACCGGCGAGAAGCCCUUCGAGUGCAGCGAGUGCGGGCGCGCCUUCACCUGGAGCUCCCACCUGGAGCGCCACAUGCGCACCCACACCGGCGAGAAGCCCUUCGAGUGCAGCGAGUGCGGGCGCGCCUUCGCCUGGAGCUCCCACCUGGAGCGCCACAUGCGCACCCACGUCACCACCCAUGUCACCACCGUCACCGCCGGGGAUGAGGAGGGUGUGCAGGCAGCACAGGAGCCACCGCCGGCCCCGCGGAAAUGUGCCGACUGCGGGACGAGCCUCAACCACCGGACAGACUCGCGGCACUUCAAGCACAAGGCCACGCAGACCCUGCUGGCCGGCACCCACCCCGCACCGCGGCCCCACAGCUGCGAGCAGUGUGGGAAGUGCUUCAGCAGCAGCUCGGGUCUGCUCAAACACCAACGUGUGCACGGCUCUGAGCGGCUGCGCCCCUGCCCGCUCUGCCCACGCCGAUGCCGCUGCAGCACAGCCCGGGCCAAGCAGCAGCGCGGCCACGUGCCGGCUACAGAGGGAGCGGCCAAACCGUACCCGUGCGGGGCGUGCGGGAAGAGCUUCGGGUGGCUGUCGCACCUGGAGCGGCACUGCCGCGUGCACACCGGGGAGAAGCCGUUCCGCUGCGGGGAGUGCGGCCGCGGCUUCGCCGUGAGCUGCCACCUGGAGCGGCACCGGCGAGUGCACACGGGCGAGCGGCCCUUCCGUUGCGGCGACUGCGGCAAGAGCUUCGCCGCCAGCUCCACGCUGCUUGCGCACCGGCGCACCCACGGCGCCCAGCCCGGCCGACUCCACGCCUGCCCCGAGUGCGAGAAGGGUUUCGGCUCCCUGGCUGGGCUGGAGCGGCACCGGCGGCUCCCCCGCGAGAAGCCGUUCCUGUGCGGGCUCUGUGGGAAGGGCUUCUCCUGGAGUUCCCACUAUGACCGGCACCGGCUCACGCACACGGGGGAGAAGCCCUUCCCCUGCGCCCACUGCGGGAAGCGCUUCGGCCGCAGCUCCCACCGCAACCGGCACCAGCGCGCCCACGCGCAGCGCAGCCCCGAGAGGCGCCCCGACUGCGGCAAAGCCUUCGGCCUGGGCGCGGCCCUGGCGGCCCAUCAGCGCCUGCUCGGCGCCGGCGCCCGCAGCCCCCUGUCCCUGCUGCCGCCCGCGUGGUGGGAGGGUGAAGCACGAGGGGGGACGGGCACAUCCCCUGAGCUCUGGCCUGAGGAGCCCAGCUCUGCUGAGAGGGACAGCCUGCAGGGCAAUGCCAUAGCCCCAACAGAGCCCUGGGUGUCCCUUCCUCCCCCCAGCUCCUGAGGUGGGGCUGGGGUGCU